AUGGAUUCGAAGAAACGUUCUAAUUCCAAUCAAUCGAAACACUGGUCUCGAUAUUCCAAACACUUCAACGAUGAGUCGAAUGACGAAGAUGAUGAUAUUGAUAAUGAUUCUGAAGAUGACGAAAUACCUUCUACUCUUCAAGAAAGUCCUGAUGAAUCAGAUGCAAAAUUUGGACGUCAAUGGACAUCAAAGGAACCUUCCAAACGAAAAAUAUCAUCAGCUAAUAUCUUACGGCAGCAAAAUGGUGUUGGACGACCUGUUGCAGGUAUACAAACAGUAAAAGAAGCAUUUCAGGUGCUGAUCAGACAAGCAAUGGUUCUUAUUUUGGUGAAGGGAACUAAUCGACGAGUGCAUCUGAUCUUGGAACAAUGGAAUAAGAAAAAUUCUGAUAAAGAAUACCAAUGGAGGGAUACGGAUCUCGAAGAAAUGUGGGCUUUCAUUGGGUUAUUACUCCUCGCAGGUGUUCAUCGAUCAAAGAAUGAAAGUUUCAAUGGAUUAUAG